AUGCGCCGAGCUCCCUGGCCGACCGAUGAAAUGGAAAAGCCACGCUGUCAAGGUUCUUGUUGUUGCGUCGACACCCCACAUCGACUUCCAUCCCCACCUUCCCACCUUGCCAACAUGAUGUACAUCAUCCGGGCUAUCUUAUACAUCCUACUUUUCGCUUGCUCCAGCACUCUGCUCGGAUUAACAGCAUAUCGAAUCAACUACACAGGGAGGCUGAACACUGGAGAUAUUUUGACAUUCAGACGACGCUUCUAUGACCCCGUGGUCGUCGAAUUGCUCGUGACGGCCUGUCUUGGUAUCAUAAUUUCCGUGGCUUUUCUGGCGUCUAUCCUCGCGCGCGCCGGCAAGGACGCGUUGACCUAUGCUCUGGAGCACAUCUGCUUGAUCACGCUGUGGAUCCUCUUCCUAGUUGGUUCGGGUGUCUUUACCUCGAGAUGGAGCAACCUUGGCUGGUGCAGGGGCUACAAGAGUUGCAGGAUCCUAGAGACCAUCAAGGCGUUUUCGUGGAUCUGUUGGGCCCUCGUCACGCUUCUCAUACUUUCCAGCUUGUACAACAUGAUCCAACGGAAGAGUGGCUGGUGGUCAGCUGCGGAUGGGAGGAAGGAGCGGGAAGUAUCCGGCAACUAUCCAGAGACACGCGCGACGACCACGACCACAGCCUCGCAUACGGAGCCUCUUACGGCGUAA